AUGUCCCAGCAGGAAAAAACAACUGAAUCAUCACUGAGGGUUGCUUGGAUUUUAGGAAGACACAAAAAACCAUUUUCAGAUGCAGAGAUUGUUAAAGAAUGUAUGAUUGAAGUUGUAGACGCCAUGUUUGAAGGUAAACAGAAAGAAGAAUUUCAAGGAAAAAUCAAACAAAUUCCCUUGUCUGAUUCCACGGCAGCACGCCGAACUGAAAUAAUUUCAGAAGAUCUGCUCUCCCAGCUUGAGGUGAAAAUGAAAAAGGCAGUUUGCAUUUCAUUAGCUGUGGAUGAAUCGUGUGAUGCCACUGAUAAUGCCCAGCUCAUGGUAUUUGUUAGAUUUUAUGACGACACACAAAAAGAUUUUUGUGAAGAUCUACUUGGCAUGACUGCCCUCCAUGCUCACACAAGAGGUGAAGAUCUUUAUGGAGCAAUUACAGAAAUGCUGAAGAAAAGGGACAUUAACUUGAAUUCAGUUAUUUCGGUUGUAACGGAUGGAGCUCCUGCUAUGGUAGGAAAAGAGAAAGGGUUGGUGUCACGCUUGAAAGUGCUCAAUCCUAGUUUAAUUUCUUACCAUUGUAUAAUACACCAGUUUAUCUUGUGUGCUAACCUUGGAGAAAAAUAUGCAAAGGUCAUGGAAAAUGUUAUGAAGCUGAUUAAUUUUCUCCAGGCCUCUUCAGCACUUCAACAUCGUCUGCUGAAAGACUUUUUAACUGAUGUCAAUGCUGCCUUCAGUGAUCUACUUGUCCACAACAAUGUAAGGUGGCUUAGUAAGGGCAGAGUUUUAGAACGCUUUUGGACUAUACGGAAAGAGCUGGAAAAGUUUUUAGCUGAACAGAAGACAGAAAAAGCAAAAGCAUUUUUGACAUUUAUGAGUAGCAAAGACAAAAUGGAAAUCGUUGCUUUCCUGGCAGAUAUUAAAAGUCAUUUAAAUGCUUUAAAUAUAAAACUACAAGGCAAAAAUCAAACUAUUUUUGACCUUGUGGAAGCAGUGAGGGCUUUUCAGAAGAAAUUAGAAGUUUUUCAGAGUGAUCUUAAAGAGAAUUUGCUUCAUUUUCCAAAGCUUGAUGAAUAUAGCCAACAAGAAAAUACCAAAGAAAGUGUAUUCUCCAACCAUGGGGACUUCAUGCAAGGCCUAAUUGACAAUUUUAAAAGUCGCUUCCAAGACUUCACAAUUGGCCAAGAAGUUUUGCUAUGUAUUAAAAAUCCAUAUCUGGUAAAAAACAUUGGGCGUUUUGCUACUGAGGCCCAUCAUGCUUUUACCUGGGCCAAUUCUGCUACCCUACAGAUGGAGCUAAUUGAUCUGCAAGAAGAUGCUGUUUUAAAAGUUCAGUUGAAUGAUUGUGACCCCGUUUUCUUCUGGACAAAACUGGUUAUUCCAGCUAAAUAUCCACUUAUACAAAAAUUAGCAAUCCAUGUCCUUACUAUGUUUGGUUCUACAUACACUUGUGAAUCUGCAUUCUCCACUAUGAAUCUGGUGAAGAACAGAUACCGCACUCAGAUCACAGAUGAGCAUUUGCACCAGUGUGUUCGAAUGGCAGUCACCCCCUUUGUACCGAAUUUCAAAGGGCUGGUGAAAGAGAAAAAAUGCCAAUUUUCACACUAA